AUGAUUCGAGUACAGAGAUUGCUAUAUUAUAUCGUCAUACUGGCGUUUUUCGCCUUCAUCUCCAUCACAAUAUUUCCGCAUUUAAAAGCAUCCAAUCCCACUACGGGCGCUGUCAGGGAGCAAGUCGAGACAACCACCAACACAGCACCUAAAAAAGUAUACGACUCCAAUGAAGAAAGAUACUUGUCGUGGUUUCCUCACAGUGAUUUCCCUGAGCAACAGGAAUCAUUCAGAAAUGCACUCCGACUUGCUUUAGAAACCAAGCGUACCAUCAUUGCACCUAUGCUUAGAAUCAACAACAUAUAUCCUUGGAUGCCGUUUGAAGAUCUCGCUAAACGCUACGAGGCACAAGAGAAAUCCACCUUACAGAAAGCAUGUGACGCACAUCAAACCAACUGGCAAACCGAAUUAGAGCCUUGCGAGACCAUCCAUGAUUGGAUUGAGAUACCUUGGUCUAGCAUCAUGGAUUUGGAGGUCAUCAAGCGAGAGUACGGUAUCCGCAUUAUAGAGCGUACACACGGACAUGGCUGGGGUGUCCAUGAGUCUGUUCUCGGUGGCCAUGUCGAUCCAGAGGAUGUCGCUAUUGUGGAUGUCAUGUCAUUUAAGGAGAACGGUACAGAUUGGGAGCAUGUGGAUCCAGCAGAGGAAGCAUUGAAACAAAAGCCAUCUCGUUUCUCCAAUUGGAUUCAAUCUCAUUUAACACCAAAACAGCCUGAAAAGCUGACUCAACCAUUGAAAUUUGUACUCAAUGUGGAUCAAUUGCAUGCUAUUGACGCUAAAAUCAUCCAAUUCGGUGCACUAAACUCGGCUGCUCGCUAUUUAACCACACAGAACGAAAUCCAACAAGACUUGCGAAAGGCGCUGAUGAAGACUCGCUUUGUUGUGCCUGAUAACAUGGCUCAGCUCACUGCCCAAUCCGCCAAGAUCAUCGAUGCUCUCGGUGGACGAUUCCAAUACAGCACUCUGAUUUUGAACCUAUCCAAAUUAGUCGCAUUGGAUGCACGCGCUGGUACAAUUCAGCAUUUAGCAGUAGACGGAUUAAAGAAGCAAGACGAGGAUACAUUGGUAGAGAACGGACCUUCUACCAUGGAAGAUUUGGAUGUCAAGUCUAGAAAAGAACUGAUGGAGGCAGUGGUGCUGGAGAUCUUUGGCGACAUUCCCAUCAACCAGGCUGUUUCUGCUGCGAUGCCCAUACAACCAUCUAAAUUGGCUGAUAUUUUAAGUUCAAAGACCUUGACCAAUCAACCAAAUGAUCGACGUCAAUUGUUGGAAGCUUGUGUUGAUUAUCACAAGAAUGUUGAACAGCGCUAUCCCGUCUACUACUUGAUGAAUGAUAUGGGUGUUGCACCUGAAACUAGACCAGAUAUCUUUGGCCCUUUGCUCGACAUGUUUCCCUGUGUCUUUUCUCGACAAGACAUGCUAAAGUGGGGCAUUCAGACAGAAUCAUGGGCCUUGGGUCAGCCUGGUUUGACUGAUUUAGCUGUAAACUAUGAAAAACUACUCCAACCUCUCCUUGACAUUUUGAUUGCAGGCAAAGGCUACUCAUUUUUCGAGAUUCCUACAACACCAUUAACACGGUUCCUCAACUGGAGUCCAAAGGAAUGA